CGUCCUGGCAUCCGUUGGGGAAACAAUUGCAUUUUUGCCCCGUUUCUUUUGGCAAGCCCUUGCAGUUCCACUCAAAGAAUGAAAUCUCCAUUGGCAUGGGUGGCCAUUGUGGUCACUGCAAUCUUAGCACAAGCGGAGAGUACUGUUCCUGUGAACCUGGCAUUGAGGAAAACAUGUCUGCAAUUCCAUGAGUGGGGAGGGGCUAAAGCGAAUCGAGCUGUAGACGGCAACAAAAACACUAACUAUUACCGCAACAGUUGCACCCAUACCAGCGCCAACGGUGGUGAUACCGUCAACAACAAUUGGUGGGCGGUGGAUUUAGUUGAUAUAUCUUUGAUACAGAAGGUUGUCUUAUAUAACAGAGGGGACUGCUGUGGUUCUAGACUAGCUAAUUUCGACAUCGUGGUGACAUACACCAGGCCUACCCCAGGGAGGAAGCUUGUGUUUUCUUCUAGCGAGGUCUGUGCUCAUAAGACUGGAGCCGUCCCACAAGGUCAAUCACAGACAUUUAACUGCAACAAGCAACUACAGGGGAGAUAUGUUGCGGUCGUUAGGUCAAGAAGCCAGGCGUUGACUUUGUGCGAAGUCGAAGUCUUUGGAACCCCCAUUCCUCCAUGCAGCCUUGGUCUCAAGUUUGACGAGAGCACUAAAAAAUGUGUUGAUCCUUGUCCAGAUUAUCAACAAAGGUGGGACGGAACGAAAUGUGUUGUUAGGUGCAUUGCGAGUCAGAAAUGGGUUGGAACGAAAUGUGUUGCAAAAUGUCCGUCACCACAGAAGUACAACACUAUGUUCGGAACAUGUGAAGCGAAAACAUGCCGCUGCUUCGCAUCUGGUGAUCCCCAUUACUACCAAUACGACGGCCACAGAAUCGACUUCAUGGGCAAAUGCAAGUACACAUUUACCAAGCUAAAGGAUGAAUUCAAGAAUGACAAGUGUUACUUCAAUGUAGAGGAGAAGAAUGUCCAUAUUGGUAACCCUCGAGUAAGCUUUGUGGUGUUGUUGGAUGUGACCGUCGAGGACAUGACCUUCAGAUACAGUCAACAAGCGGCGAAGGUUUUCAUCGACGGCGUCGACAGAACCAAGAGCAGUUUCCCCAUAACUAUCAGGACCAGGAAAGGCACAGACGUGAAAGUCUCAUACGCGAACAGGCAGUUCCAGGUCGAGGCCACAGCUUGUGGUAUGAUCACCACCUACAGGAGGUACUUCAUUGAGACGUUCAUCUCAUCCACACUCGGAACCAAGGUGGAAGGAAUCUGUGGAACAUGUAACGACAAUCGAAAUGAUGAUCUUAUUGCUAAAGGACAGACGAAAGCAACUACUAAGAAUGAAUUCUCGAGUAGUUGGUAUGUGCCCGAUGACUCUGGUCUACAGCAACAGAGCAACUGCAAAGCAGCCGAUGUCAAUGGUGAUUGCACUGUUGCUUGGGCCACGAAAGUCAAGGACAAUAACCACUGUGGUUACAUCACAGACACAAACGGUCCCCUCAAUGCUUGUAUCGCAAGUGGUUUGGUGAAUGUGAAGCAAUACCAGGACAGCUGCGAGUUCGACGUGUGUUUCUAUUCUAAAGAGGCCACAGCGGCGAAGGACGUCCCUGAUGUUGUCUGCAAGAACUUGGCUGUGUUUGCUGAUGAUUGUGCAAAGCAAGGGCUGGGAAGUGUUUGGAGAAGAGCCAACUUCUGUCCUCUAAACUGCGAGGCAAAUGCGUCCUAUACUCCCAAGUCGUACCCUGCAUGUGAAAAGACCUGCCAACAGAGGAAAGCUCCCGCGGACUGCGUCGCUGGUGAGCCUGAAGAUGGCUGUUCUUGUAAUGAAGGCUACUUUAGACUUGGAAAUGACUGUGUUCUGCCUGGCAAGUGUGGAUGUGAUGCCAUUGAUGGACAACAUAUCGACAGCGGCAAUUCAGUUGUGAUGAAGGGUUGCACUGUCAAGUACGAAUGCACAGCGCAAGGCACCUUGAGGCAACUAGCUUUUCCUGCUUGUCAUAAAGAUGCUAGCUGCUCUACAGUAAAUGGACAGUACGCGUGUAAAUGCAAUGAUGGAUUCAAUGGUGAUGGACACUCUUGCCAGACCAACUGUCCGAAAGCAGAAGAAAAGUGGGACACUAAAGAUUCUAAGUGCGUUCUGCGUUGUGCCGCUGAUUAUAAAUGGGAUGAAGCGAAGAAGGACUGCAUUGCAAGAUGUCCAGCCGAGAAAAAGUGGACGGUAAAUAAAUGUGUUGACCGAUGUCCAAAUGCAGCCGAACAGUGGAGUCAAGUGGAGAAAAAAUGCAUUUUACGAUGUCCAGAUGCCGCCACCAUGUGGGAUACACGUCAAGGGAAAUGUGUUGAUCGCUGCGAGAAACACAAGGAAUGGGAUAACAAGGGAAAGAAGUGUACAGAUCGUUGUGCCGCUGCUGACAAAUGGGAUGAAACACAGAAACAAUGCAUUGCAAGAUGUCCAGCUGACAAAGAAUGGAAGGGGGCUAAAUGCAUGGACCGAUGCACUGAUCCAGCCACUGUAUGGUUCAAUGAGAAGAAGGCUUGCAUUCUACGUUGUCCAGAUGCCAAGACGAAGUGGGAUGAGAAGCAAGGCAAAUGCGUGAACCGUUGUUCAAUUGCCCAACUUUGGGAAGACACUUCAAAGAAAUGCGUAGAGCGCUGUGUCCCAGCGGACAAAUGGAACGAGGCAAGCAAAAAGUGUGAACCAAGAUGCCAAGUGGACCAGUUGUGGAAAAUGGACAAGUGUGUCAACCGUUGUGGUACAGGAGAAAAAUGGCAUGGAGCAACUAACAAAUGUUAUCAAGAUCCCAUGUAUCCAACGACGACGGAAGGAAAUGCCGGGGGAGCUGGUUGUGUCAUACCAUUCUUGUUUGGUGGAAAAUGGCAGGAGGACUGCGUCCCGGGAGCAAAUAAUAAGAAAUGGUGUGGUACUACUGAGAAUUACGAUCAGGACAAAAAGUGGGGUUAUUGCUCAGCUGCCUGUCGAACAAGUGCUGGUUUGGUCAAAAUGGCUGGUGACGCCUGGACAGAGGGCAAGGAAAAGGUAUUUUGUAACACUGAUGGAUCAAUUGGCAAGAUCACUGGAGAUUACCCAAGUACAACUGGUGGUACCGGGGGUGGUGCAGGUUGUGUCUUCCCGUUCUUAGACGGCACUGUUUACCGUGGAUCUUGUCAGCCUUACAAUGGCCAGCGUUGGUGUGGAACUGUCAAGGAUGGUACAAAAUGGGGAUAUUGUCCAGUUUCUUGUACGACCCAGAAAGGUGAGAGAAAGAUAGUUGGCGAAAGCUGGGUGUUUGAAAAGAAGAAGUAUUUCUGUGAUCAGAAUGCUGAAGUCUUCGUAAUUAAAGAUGAAAAUAUCAAUACGAAAGCCGGUGGCAAGUGCGUGUUUCCAUUUAAGUACAACGGCAAGUACUACGGAGGAUGUACAGGCAGCAAUCCAUGGUGCGCCACAACGCCAGAUUACGAUACAGAUGCAAAAUGGGGAUAUUGUCAUUUAAUAGCUACAUGCCUGACGCAGGAUCAAAAGCAAGUGACAGCCGGCGAAACAUGGUCAAGUGGAGGGAUGGAAUAUUCAUGUGGAAGAGAUGGAAAAGUUAGGAAAAACGUGACGACAUCCGCUGGUAACUGUCUCUUCCCGUUCAACUACAAAGGCUCCACUUAUGAGGCGUGUACGGAGGUUGCAUCGGCUGGUAAACCCUGGUGUUACGUCGACGCAUCCGAGUCAGCGUACGGCUAUUGCUAGACCAUAUACUCUAACCACUGACCCAUAUUCCUCUAUUUUUCUGUACUAGUAACUGCAAUAUGUACCAGCAAAUACCAAUGUAUGAAAAACACAUUGGUUAAAUGUGUAUCCUUUCG